GUGGGGAAGCUGAAUUUCGUCUCGAGAAGAUAAGUCACUUAUUUUCUUUUGAAGAAAAAGAUCUGAUAUUUCUACCAUGCCAGAACCAGCCAAGUCUGCUCCUGCUCCCAAGAAGGGGUCGAAGAAAGCAGUGACUAAGACCCAGAAGAAAGGGGACAAGAAGCGCCGCAAGAGCAGGAAGGAGAGUUACUCCAUCUACGUGUACAAGGUCCUGAAGCAGGUUCAUCCCGAUACUGGCAUUUCUUCGAAGGCAAUGGGGAUCAUGAACUCCUUCGUGAAUGACAUCUUCGAGCGCAUUGCUGGGGAGGCGUCUCGCCUGGCUCACUACAACAAGCGCUCCACCAUCACUUCUCGGGAGAUCCAGACGGCCGUGCGCCUCUUGCUGCCUGGGGAGUUGGCCAAACACGCAGUGUCAGAGGGCACCAAGGCCGUUACCAAGUACACCAGCUCCAAGUAAACUGAUCCUGUCGAAUCAAGAACCCAAAGGCUCUUUUAAGAGCCACCCACUUUCUCAUUAAAUAGCUUUAAUCACUCUAA